AUGUCCCCUCAAGCAGACCUUUGUACCAUCUCCUUCAUGUCCCUCACAGGAUCCUUGUACCAUCUCUCCAUGACCCUCCAGGACUGUGACCAUCUCCCUCCAGGACCUUUGUACCAUCUCCCUCCAUGUCCCUCGCAGCAGGACCUUGUACCAUCUCCCUCCAUGUCCCAUCUCCCUCCUUGUACCAUCUCUCCUCUCAUGUCCCUGCAGGAUCCUUGUACCAUCUCCCCUCCAUGUCCCCAGGAGGAUCCUUGUACCAUCUCCCUCCAUGUCCCCGCAGGACCUUGUACCAUCUCCCUCCAUGUCCCAGCAGGACCUUGUACCAUCUCCCUCCAUGUCCCCAAGCAGGGACCUCCAUGUCCAUCCAUGUCCCCUGAUCCUUGUACCAUCUCCCUCCAUGUCCCCAAGCAGGACCUUUUGUACCAUCUCCCUCCAUGUCCCUGCAGAUCCUUGUACCAUUCCCUCCAUGUACCAUCUCCCUCCAUGUCCCUCAGCAGGGACCUUGUACCAUCUCCCUCCAUGUCCCUCAGGGACCUUUGUACCAUCUCCCUCCAUGUCCCAGCAGGGCAGGACCUUGUACCAUCUCCCUCCAUGUCCCUGCAGGACCUUGUACCAUCUAUCUCCAUGUCCCUCAAGCAGGACCUUUGUACCAUCUCCCUCCAUGUCCCUGCAGGACCUUGUACCAUCUCCCUCCAUGUCCCCAAGAGGGACCUUGUACCAUCUCCCUCCCCAAGAUGUACCAUCUCCCUUCAGUCCCUGCAGACCUUGUACCAUCUACCUCCAUGUCCCCAAGAGGACCUUGUACCAUCUCCCUUCAUGUCCCAGCAGGACUCUUGUACCAUCUACCAUCCAUGUCCCCUCAAGAGGACCUUGUACCAUCUAUCUUCUCCCUUCAUGUCCCCAGCAGGACCUUGUACCAUCUCCUUCAUGUCCCAUGUCCCUCAUGUCCAUCUUAGCAGGACCUUGUACCAUCUCCCUUCAUGUCCCCUCAAGCAGGACCUUGUACCAUCUCCCUUCAUGUCCCAUCUUUGUACCUCCAUGUCCCAAGAGGACCUUUACCAUCAUCUCCUUCAUGUCCCCGCAGGACCAUCAUCUCCCCUCAUGUCAUAG